AUGGGUCUCCUCAAAAACCUUCUUUACUUUUCUGUCCAUCCGAAUCAGUUGAGAGCAAUCUUACAAUGGAAGCUAUGGCACGACCCAGUUCAUACCAGAGAUCCAUCCAAGGAACCACAAUCUCUCAAAGAUUGCUUCAAGUACCUGGAAAUGACCAGUCGAAGUUUCAGUUCAGUUAUCCAAGAAUUGAACCCCGAAUUACUUGUUCCAGUUGCCCUCUUCUAUCUGAUUCUGCGAGGACUAGAUACCAUCGAGGACGAUAUGACAAUCCCAUUAGAGAAAAAGGAACCGUUAUUGAGAGCCUUCGAUGGCAUCAUUGAGGAGGAUGGAUGGACAUUCAACGGGAAUGGACCUAAAGAAAAGGAUCGAGAACUUUUGGUCCACUUCGACUGUGUCAUCACUGAAUUCAAGAAGUGCAAACCUGCUUAUAAGGACGUCAUCAAGGAUAUUACCAAGAAGAUGGGCAAUGGCAUGGCUGAUUAUGCGAAUAAUGCGGAACACAACAUCAAUGGUGUUAACACAAUCAAGGACUAUGAAUUAUACUGUCAUUAUGUGGCUGGUCUUGUGGGUGAUGGUUUGACAAGACUGUUUGUUGAGAGUAAGUUGGCAAACCCAGCUUUGCUCAAGAGACCAGAAUUGUCCGAGUCCAUGGGACAAUUCCUUCAAAAGACAAACAUCAUUCGUGAUAUUCGAGAGGAUUUUGAUGACAAGAGACGUUUUUGGCCUAAGGAAAUCUGGUCAAAACAUGUUGAUAAGUUUGACGACCUUUUUGAUCCCAAGAACAGAGCAGCAGCCUUGGCUUGCAGUUCAGAAAUGGUUCUUAACUCUCUUACAUGUGCCGACGAGUGUCUGUUCUAUAUGGCAGGUAUAAAGGAUCAGAGUGUCUUCAAUUUCGUUGCUAUUCCACAAGCUAUGGCAAUUGCAACCUUAGAGCUUGUUUUCCAGAACCCUACUAUUUUCGAGAAGAAUGUCAAGAUCACAAAAGGUGAUGCUUGUCAAUUGAUGAUGGAAUCUUCGCAGAAUUUGCGUACAGUUUGUGAUAUCUUCAAGAGAUAUACAAGAAGGAUACAUAAAAAGAACUCCCCCAAAGACCCCAAUUUCCUCAAGAUCAGCAUUGCAUGCGGAAAGAUCGAACAAUUCAUUGAAUCUAUAUUCCCAACCCAAGAUCCAAAGGUCAUUGCUUUGCAACAAGCCGGUGAAACAUCUGUGGCCGAUAAGAAAUCAGCAGUCGAGGAAGCAGAGGCCAAGAAAGAUGUUUUCUACCUCUUGAUGGCAGUCUUAGGGACACUAUUAGUCAUCUCUGGACUUAUGAUUGGCGCAGCAUGGCUAGCAGGAGCUAGGUUUGACGUCGCCAUAAACGAACUCAGGAAAGGAAACUUUAUACCCAAACACGACAUUGCUAGCCCGGAAUUAAAAAAUGUGGGACAUGAAUUUGAUCAUGCGGAACUCUAA